GUGUUUUAUCCAUUUAACGCAUGCGUCAAGAUGGCUGCGCCCAUGUAAACAAAAACAUUGUAAUUGUAAUUUAAUAGAAUUUGAGACAUUCUUAUCAAUUGUCAGCAUGUUAAAACGAUGCAGUUGUUUGGUUUACUCGGUUAUAAAACAGAAAUCACGUAGAAUUGAAUUAGCAAGUAUAUCUCAAACCAAGCGCCACCUGAAAAUAUACACUAAAACAGGAGAUAAAGGUAAAUCAUCAACGUUUACUGGUGAAAGAAGACCAAAGGAUGAUGCCGUUUUUCAUUCUUUAGGAGCUACAGAUGAAUUAUCAUCUGCUGUAGGUUUAGCUGCAGAAUUUGUUAGAGACUCCAAUGUUAGUUUGAUAGACCAGUUAGAACAGAUACAGUGUAUUCUUCAAGAUGUGGGAUCUAAUAUUGCUACACCUUAUAGUUCAGCUCGUGAAGCUCAUUUAAAAAAAACUGUGUUCAGUGAUGCUUAUGUUAGUCAGUUAGAAAAAUGGAUUGAUGAAAUGACAGAAGAGUUACCUCCUCUUACAAAAUUUAUUCUUCCUUCUGGAGGUAAAGCAGCAUCAUGUUUACAUUUAUCAAGAUCUAUCUGUAGACGAGCUGAGAGAUGGGUAGCCCCUCUUGCUAGAGAGAAGGAAAUUGACGAAGAAGUCUUGAAAUUUAUAAAUAGACUCAGUGAUUACUUAUUUACGGCUGCAAGAUAUGCUGCAAUGAAAGAAAAUCGUGAAGAAAGGAUUUAUCAUCGGAUAGACAAGUCAAAAGAUAGCUGAUAAAAAUAGACUAAUGUUCAAAUAUUUAUAUUAAUGAUGAGUAGACUUAAACAAACCCUGAAGAAAGGCUGUUAAUAAAAUAGACCGAAACAUUGGAAAUUCAGUGUUUAUUUAUUGGGUCCAAGAGUUGCCACUCACAAGAUUCAGCCAUGGUCUCAAUAACUUACUUAGGAAAAAAAAUAGAAUCUGGACUUAGGAUAAGAUGGCUUCCAUCAUGUAAGGCACAUUAAAGAACACUUUAGCAUUUCAUUAAGUCUUGGAUUACCUUAGCCUGAUUUAUAGUUAAUUUAAUGCCUCUUGUUAUGGAGAUUAUAUUUAGUUAUAGGUUAUGGUUUUGUGGUAUUUGCUGGGAAAUGAAGAGUAAAGAUAAUUUUUGUAUAUGUUUAUUAAUCGAAUAAAUAUUUUAUAUAAGUUAUUAAAACAAUAUAAAGAUGAAUCAUGAUAUAGUAUACACAUGAAAAUAAUUGUAAAAAGAUGUAAUAAUGUCCUUAAAAGUGGAAUUAAAU